AUGUCACAACGACGUUCGAAGUGGGCAGCGUUCGUGAUCUGCGUCUGUCUUGUAGCCAAAGCAACAGCGUUCUAUCUGCCUGGAGUUGCGCCGCACGACUACAAGAAGGAUGACAUUGUCCCACUGUUUGUGAAUGCGUUGUCUUCAGCAGCUACGGUUAUACCAUAUGACUACUAUGAGGAGGAAUUCAACUUUUGCAGACCUACCGAUAUCCAUGGGAAGAGUGAAUCUCUGGGGAGCAUUCUUUUCGGGGACCGUUUAAAGUCGUCCCCCUUUGAGUUGAAGAUGCUGAGAGACGAAGAAAAAUGCGUAACGCUUUGUCAUGCUACAUACAAGCCGGAGCACGCGCAGUUCGUCAACGACAGGAUUCGGGAAAAUUACUUCAUCCACUGGGAAGUGGAUGGUCUCCCUGCUGCCACCCUUUUUUCCGAGGCGGACGAUUCUUCCAGUGAGGGACCUUUCUAUAAAAUCGGGUUUGAACUUGGUCAUGUCGAGAACAACCUGGAGCUGCUGAACAAUCAUUACGAUAUCAAAAUCAAGUAUCACACCGUCGACAAAGUGAACUACCGAGUUGUCGGCGUGGAGGUGCAACCCAACAGCGUGAAGAGCUGUAACAACGACAAACUGCCCGUCAGCGGUGAUCCGGUGACUUUGAAGGACAGUGAAAUCACCGAGGUCGACUUUACCUAUACUGUCAAGUGGGAGGAAUCAACCACUCCCUGGGCUACGCGUUGGGACAACUAUCUGCACGGAUACGAUCCAAAGAUUCACUGGUUCAGCUUGGUGAACUCUGCGGUCAUCGUUUUGUUCUUGACGGGAAUGGUCGCAAUCAUUCUCCUCAGAGCUCUUCACAAAGAUAUCGCACGUUACAACGCUGUGGAGGCCCAGGAGGAUGCUCAGGAGGACUUUGGUUGGAAGCUCGUGCAUGGCGAUGUGUUCCGCGCGCCACGGUAUGCCAUGCUCCUCGCUGUGCUGAUAGGAAGCGGCGCGCAGUUGUUUUUGAUGGUUUCCGUCACAUUAGCCUUCGCGGUUCUUGGAUUCCUGUCACCGUCAAGUAGAGGGUCGCUCUCCACCGUCAUGCUCGUCUUCUACGUGCUCUUCGGCAGUAUCGCCGGUUACACGUCUGCUCGCUACUACAAGAUGUUCAACGGCGAGAAAUGGAAGAGGAGCGUGGCUCUGACGGCAUUGCUGGUUCCAGGAACUGUUUUCGGAAUCUUCCUCAUCUUGAACUUCUUCCUCAUUGGGGCGAAAUCUUCCGGCGCCGUGCCAUUCGGAACGUUGUUUGCGCUCAUGUCGAUGUGGUUCCUGAUUUCGGUCCCAUUGUGCUUCUUGGGAGCGUACUUUGGAUUCAAGAAGCCCAAAUUGGAACACCCAGUUCGCACCAACCAGAUCCCUCGCCAAAUCCCCGAGCAACCUUUCUACCUCCGACCCCUGCCUUCGAUCCUCAUGGGCGGCGUGUUACCAUUCGGCGCGAUCUUCAUCGAGCUGUACUUCAUCCUCGCGAGCCUGUGGAAUGACAAAGUCUACUACGUCUUUGGCUUCCUCUUCCUGGUGUUUGUCAUCCUGGUGUUGACCUGCAGUCAGGUCACGGUGUUGAUGUGUUACUUCCAUUUGUGUUCGGAGGACUACCGAUGGUGGUGGAGAGCCUUCCUGACCAGCGGAGCAUCUGCUCUCUAUGUCUUCCUUUACGGGCUGCUAUACUACUACACGCGGCUCACCAUCGCGGACGUACCGUCCACGAUAUUAUAUUUCGGUUACACCUCCAUCAUGAGCAUCCUAUUCUUCCUUCUCACGGGGACGAUUGGAUUCACGGCUUGCUUCAAGUUCGUGAGGAAGAUUUAUGGUUCGAUCAAGAUCGAUUGAUUACGCAGUCGGUUGUGAGAUCAUCGGGUUGGAGGUCUGCAAAGGCGGUUGUAUUCCAAUGUCCAUAUUCACCAUUUUGCCGGUCCCGUAUUUUGAGAAAAAUUCAAUGGCACAUGAAAUACUGAAGCAAUAAAAACUGCCGUCCCAUCUUCCCAAAAAUGAAAGCACUGAUCCCACCUAUCUAGCACUAGGCGAGCUCGGCGGUAUGGUCGCACUCGACACCACCCCAGUCCCCCUCUGCAACAGCGCCGACGCCGCCAUUCUCCCGCCUUUCGCGUUCAGUCCGGUCUUGCCUAACCACUGAUUUAUAUGCGCGACCAGUUGGUUCUCCUGCGUGCCGUCUACCCAGAAGUGGUUUGCUUCUUUUACCACUACUGAGGUGAUGUUCUCUUUUGGGAGCGACUCGACGAACGUU